AUCUCCAUCAAAAUGAAAAAUAAACAUUAGCGUUAUGAGACGGAAAUAGGUGGUCGUAGCUAUGUUAUCAAAAAUGGUGAAUUCAAGCGUCUACGGAAUUUUGUUGAAUAAAAUAUUUUCGGGCAAAUUCUUCUCAUUUAGAACUCGCAAUCUCCUUGUCAGACAGAGUUGUGUAUUCUAAAGAACAAAUCUUUUUUUGCUUGAAGCUACAGAACUUUGAAAAUUUCGAAAGGCUUUUUCAAGGAAGAAAGCUCAUGCACGAUGGACCAAGAACAAGAUGAGGAAUAUAUAGACAAAUCGUCUGAAGUGGGUAAACUCAUUAUCAGAAUUAAUCAAUUGGAAAGAAGACCUUGCUUAGAUAAUUCCCUUGGAGAGAUAUUGGAAUCAUUCCUACAAUCACUCGUUAGGUCAGAAGAUUUCUUGAGAAAUGGUAUAUUCAGAAUCAAUUUUGCUGAAUCGGCCCUACUUCUGCAAAGUUCUGCUUCAAUAUAUAGUAGAAAAGUAGAUCUUCUAUGGGAUAUGAUAAAUGAAUGUCAGAAGCGCUUGGUAUCAUUCAAAACAGAAGAGAAUGAAAAGGAACUCAAAAGAAUAGAAGAAAGAGAGGCAAAAUAUAAGAGAAGAAGGAGACAGUUAGAUAUAUCCAGAAAUAAGGAUGUACAUGUUGAGAAAUCAAAAUCUUUUCACAUAGAUUGGGAGGAAGUGAAUGAUUUUCAGCACUUGCACUUGGAGAAAGAUUCCAAAUUAUAUUCAGAAUGGUUCAAAAAAAUGGUUUUCAAGUGGGACUCGCAACCUACACCAAAAAGCAACAGAAGUCUUGCUGAUAAACAAGUACAGUUUCGAAGCCUUGAAAAUGCUAUCUUUGAUCAAGACCAGGAUGAUGAAUUCGUUGUUCACACUUCGAAAUUGGAAUCAGUAAUUGCAUUAGAAGAAUUGCUCCUGCCUAAACCGACAUUCACUGAUUUUUCAUAUAAACUGUAUAGUGAAUUAUACUUGAUACCCAAGUUCCUUCAGGAAAAUCAACUCAGUUAUAAAGAUCUUGAAAUGCAUUCAAUAGAAGUGGAAAAAUACUUAGAGAAGUACAAGGAUCAACAUUUUUCAGAACGCAUAUAUGAUGAGAGUUACGACAACAAUUUCAUAAUCGACAAAAACAGUCCACAAAAAUUGAGGAGAAUAAGUGUAUCUUCUACAAGUGUUUCUAAACUCCCAGAUUUUGAUAAUAUAGAUAAUAUUCAAGUGAAAAAAUGCCAGGUAAAUUUGUUGAGAUUGUCGGUUGUUGACUUGAGUAGAUUGUCUGCAUCUGUUGAUGAACUAAAAAGGUACUGCAGUGAGGGAGAAUGUUUUAAAUUGCAAAAUUUUCAGGAGAACUUCUCAACCGAUAGUUCUACUGAUUCAUCACCUCAUGUAACGGGAGAGGUAAAUGUAGAAACUAACAUUUUUUCUGCAGAUAGAUCAUCAGAAUCUUUAGACUGUGAAAAUGAUAAUACAUCAUAUGAAAAUGUGGCUUCGUCUUCACAUAAUGUUCCAACUGAUCAGAUAACAGAGCAGAUACCAAUUGACAAAUCGGCAGAUACAUCCUUGAAGUCCGUGGCUAGUGAUUCUGAUGUAUUGGAUGAAACUAGAAAAAUUGUGAAUAGGACUAAAUCUGUGGCAAUUAAAACCAGGAGAACAAGGGAAAAAAUAGAACACUAUGAGAUUCCAGAGAAGAGAAGAAGAUUAUCCAAAGCAGCCCUUAAAAAAUUGGCAACUGGUAUUACCGUUGAUUUGGAAAAGUUCAACUCGUUCUUUGCAAAUCAUUAUCAACCUGAAGAAGGAGAAGGUCAAGUGGAAAUACAAGAGUUCUCUUUCGACGAUCCAAUUGAUUCCAGCAGUAGAAUAGGCAUGGAUGAUGAGCCUCUAUCACAACUUUCCGACCAUCCGAUACUUUCCACGCAGGACAGUGGUUAUGAAUCUCAUUUUCAAGACAAUGAUACAAGCAUUGAUAAUUUUAUUUCACCUACAUGUGAAUUAGAUAAGGUUUUAACAGAGGCGCCUUUAACACAAGAAGCAUCUAUAUCAGAAGAUUGCCCAAUGAUGCCAAACGAACCCCCAAGAGAAAAAACAGCCAUAUCAGAAGAUUGUACAGAUAAUGAAGAGGUACCUUUGUAUCAAAGGGUGUAUGAAUGGAAGCAAUACAUGUCCGACAAGUUCAAAAACUUGAAAACCGCAGAUUUCAAUAUUCAUGAGUAUGGUUCAAAUAUCAUGGAGAACUUCGAAGAAGGUCGUCCACAGAAGUUCAGUAAUAUAGUUAGAGGAAAAUCGGCAGCGGAAGUCACCCGAUAUUUUAUUUCUGCCUUGCAGCUGGCCAACACCAGUAACGUGGAGAUCCAAGGUGUACAAAGUGGUAAACUAUCGAAUGAGACAUUCGAAUUGAAGUUGAUCAGCAAGGAACGAUACUAUGAUCGUUUGAAAGAUUACAUGGCUCCGUCUGAACAAGACUAUCAUAAGCGAUUGAGCACCGCACACAGAAUAAGUAAAAAACGUUCAGUUCCCGGUUUCGGCAAAUCCAGUGAACCUAAAUAUAGUAAACUUAAGUAGAGUUAAUUUAUAUUUUUCAAAUUGAAGAGGGAAUUAUUUUUAUUACUGUUGAUGUUUUCAAAGUUUGCAUUUAGUUUAUAUGUCUUAAGUGAAAAAUAAAAGCAGUGAGUAGUGAACCAGAUGAAAAUGUAGAAAAAGGACACAAUAUUCAUUGUUGUGUCCCUUUUCUUUCUCGAAGCUCGGCUUCUCUUCAUGCUCAGUAUUUAAAGAACUUGUUUGACAUUUUUUUUCAAAAUCAAUGGAAUGUUGAUGUUAGGCUUGUUUGUUUCUUCGUUUUAACAUCCAUUAAUAUAGGUUACCUAACGUGGAGAUGAAUUCAGGUGAUGAUAACUAGUUGUUUUAAUAUUGAGCUAUAUGGGUUGAAAAUUGUUUGAUCCACUUCUCUUUGAUUGUAAUGUUCUACUUAUGGACUUUAUAAUUUUUUCAGAAUUUGUAUUCUAUCAGUGUUUUUAUUCGAUAUUUUCUAAGGUAAAUUGAGAUUAAAUGGAUGACCUAAUAGAUACUGUCUCCAAGGAAAUAUUGAGUAAAGUUUCAGAUAGUGGUUAAUCUUUUUUAGUCCAAGAUGCACUGUGAUAAGUAAAAUGUA